UUAUAUUAAUCUACACUUAUCAUAUCAUAUCAUUCAAGUGAUACAAGUUUCGUCAUAAUCUCACGUUGAUCUGUUACAUCUAAUUUUCAAAUAAAAAAAUUUAGGCAUAUAUAUAAGACGGCAAAAAGACGAAAUAAUUAAAAAGGCGUAGAGGGAUAUUAAAUUAUAUAAUUUAUUAACAUAAAUGCUUUUUUGCAUUAUACAUUUUGCAUUUGUAAUUUGUGACGCUUUUAACUUCGAUUCUUGAUAUUUUAUUUUUUUCUCUUUCUCUUCUCUCUCAGCAUAAUUAAAAAAAAAAGAAAUUUAAUUAUCACGAUGGCAAUACGCCGCGAUUCAACUAGCAAGAUAACAGCAAACAAUUCGAGAUGAAGCUGCGCGCGGUCGACGCAUUCGCGAGACAAACGAACCGCGCCCGUGGGCGCGACGUGAUUGGCUGCCGUGCUCGAUUGGCGGCGACCAAUCCACUGCCGGCGAGACGCUGCGAACGAGCCGAGCGGAUGGCAGAGCAGUGUGGUCACGUAGUCCCACCGCGCCGCAUGGUGGAUGAAUGCUUCUCUCGUUCGGACACCGGAAUAAAAUGCUGUAAAGUGUGCGUCGUCACUGCCGCACCAGAGAGGAAGGAGCGUGCCAGUGGAGGUUGUCCCUCGUCGAUCCACUUCAUCGUAAAAUAACUGGCAUUUGCCAGCUAUUUGAAGGCUGUGAACACGAGUGCUGUGCGUUUGAGGAGUGAUUGAAACGGAAGAGAAAUAUCUAAGUGAACCAAAAUGAAGUGGGGAUCUAGUACUCCCUUUAAUGAACAAGUGGGUGAACUCACUCGUGUAUUCUCUCAGUGGAACGAAUGCGAACAGACUGUCGUUCUCUAUGCACUGCUACGUCAUUUGCCUGCAGUACAGGCUAGGUUUCUCGCGCAGGCAAUACAGCACUCUUUGCACUCUGUGACAGAAUUGGAUACCAAGGAGACGAAUGCCAACAAUCCAAAUUAUAUUAAUUCAUUAAUGUCAGAGUCGACAGAGGUCGCAAUUCAUCAACUUUUGACGCAUUUGCCCUUGUUAAGGCCUGGGAAUUUGGAGUGCAAACGAAGCUAUCUAAUAGCGAUACCCGAAUUGGUGAGCCAUUGUGUGAGCACGGGUCAGUUUACAGAACAGACGCAACAGCUUCUGAGUUACACUUUGAUACACCCGGCUAUCACUAAUCAAGAUCGACGUAAUUUCACUCAGUGGCUCAGACAUCUUGAAGAUCGUAUCAGCAGUACACCGCCCAUUUCCGGUCUCGAAGAAUAUCCAAAUACUCCAAAAUGGGAUAAUCCAUGGCAGAGGAACUCCAAGCAACAUAAUGAGCCGGCAAAUUUGUUCAAUAUUCAACCGAAUACUACGUUUAAUGCACCAUUUCCAACAUCCGUUAAUCGUCAACGGCGUUCGAACAGUUUGACGCCACCAGUAGCACCAUCGCAUCAUCUCGAAAUCGUCGAGCGUACCAAUAAUGCGAAUAAUUCAUCCAGGCACAAACCGCGCAGUUUUAGCGUCUCGGGCGAUCAUGCUAGUAACAUCAUCGGUCUGGGUCCACUGAGUCCACAGAGUUCCUGCGCAAGCAGCGGUAGCGAGGGUCGUUUGGAUGACGCUUCAAACCGUUCGCUCGCGAGCGGCAUGAGAGACGUACAAUUAUGGCUUAAAACAUUACGGCUUCAUAAGUAUAGUUACUUGUUCGCUACCAUGAGUUAUGAAGAAAUGCUGCAAUUGACAGAGGAUCAAUUAGCGGAGCAAGGGGUUACGAAAGGCGCUAGGCACAAGCUGGCUCUCUCUAUCGCUAAACUGCAGCAGCGAUAUAACACGCUUUUAAAUCUAGAAAAAGGUCUGGUGCAACCUAGUACUCGUGAUGGUAUGCAAAACACUUCAUUCUCACAAGGUCCAUCAUUGCUCAUUAAUACGAUGGAAGAACUCAAAACGAUUUUGGCUACUCCUAUGAAGCCGAGUCAGGAGAACGACCCACAAGAUAUUCCUGCCCAAUUCACGAAAGUGCUUGGAAAAUUGUGCAGUAGAUUAGCUUUGGAAAGUGUAGAGGAUGGUAUUUUAUGUGCAUACAUCAACAUUUUGGAAAAAGUAUUGCAACAUGAUUGUUUUACUCCGAAUCAGAAGGAGAAAGUACAACAAUGGCGCAGUAGACUUGGCAAUCCGCGACCGACUCCAAAGUGGCAGCAGCACAACUAUGGGUAUAAUAACAGGAGGUAUGGGAAUCCGCAACAGCACAAUAGAAAGCCGAGUCUGAAUUUGAAUCAUAUCCACAGUACUCAUACACACAACCAGUAUAUGAUUAGCUCGCACAGAAACAGUAUAUCCACACCAUAUUUGCAGACUAAUCAGAAUCAGACUCAGAGUAUGAAUAACAUGAAUACGAGCAAUUUGCGUGCGGUCCACACGACCGAGAAGAGACCGAGCUUGCAGGAGAAUAGUUUGCAGCAGUUACAGAAAACGUUACAACGUACAUAUAGCGCCCCGCGGGAUCAUUUUGUGGGACACUCUGUCAAUGGAGCAAAUGAGACAACGGAACCGGAAAUCGAUUCUAGUUUGGAAUCGCUCUGCUUGAGAAUGACCGAGCAAGCGAUCGGUGGGUUUGGCGAGGCCUAAUCUUCCAUGUAUGCGUUCUAGGAUUUGUUGUAAGUCCCAUUUAAACAAUCCUUUUCGGAUUUUCGACUCCGAAAACUCAUUUAAGAGAAAUUCUGUUUGUUAAAAUGCGAGUCAUCUUUAUCGCACGCUCGUUCGCAUUUUAACAAAUAGAAUUUCCGAGUCAGUUUUAAAGUGAUACUGCAAUGAGACGACACAUAUUUUUUUUUUUGUUGUGUGCUAAUACCUGCGUGUAGACACACUUACGCUUUAAUAUAUCUCUACCAAAUGGAAAAAAAAAUGUCCGACACGUGCGACAUUGCUAAAAGACAGAGAUAAAGAUAAGUUUUUCUUUGAACAUUGAAUGACUUUACACGUACAUAUACGUGCGCAUGCACGCACACACAUACACAUACACAUACACAUACGAGUACAUAAAUACCAAUUAUUUUUAUUAUGUCCGAUGCAAUUGUAUUAUUUAAUUGACAGAAUUUGGCAAGCCAAAUGCUAUUAGAAAGAUAGAUUCUUUCCUCGAUUGUUUGCUGCAACCAUAUAUAUAUAUAUAAAGAUAUUAUAUAAAAAGAAGUAUAUAUAUGUA